GUAAUUAUGCUCUUUGCUUUUAAUUAGUGUUCUGUGUGAAUAUCCUCAAAGGCUCCAGAUCCUGUAAUUAUCCUCAUUAUGAUGUCAAGCCUUUAUGUUGAUUUGUGUUGUUGCCUUGACUGGAUCGGCCUCAGUCACUGCCUGCUGCUUCUUGGUGUGCCGUGUUAAUUGUUUCCCACCCUGUCUCUCCCCAAUCCCCGGCCUUCAUCGCCCUCCUUUUUAUUCCUUUUUUUCCCUUUCUUAUCCAACUUUCCUUCUUCAAUCCAUGUCUUUGGGUGCACUUGAUUCUCUUUACACGGCCUGUCACUGCCAAAUGUCUGCUUCCUCUGGUCCUUCCCUCAUCCAUCACUCCUUCCCCUUUCACAGUAGUCUGAACAGCGUUAACAGUAGUGACUCCAGGGGAUCCAGUGGCUCUCACUCUCAUUCUCCUUCCUCCUCUUCUUCCUCCUCUUCCUCAAACCACCUCUUCCACCACCAUCACCCCCGUCAUCGGUACCGUAGCUCCACGCUACCCCAGCAGGCCCCGGCCCGACUCUCUAGCAUCUCCUCCCACGACUCGGGCUUCAUCUCUUCAUCCCACGACCAAUACACAACGUCCAAAUCAUCCUCGCCAAUGGCAGCCGAAACAAAGCCUUGUCCCAGCUCCAGGCUCUCUGAGGUCUCAGAGACUGGGCAGCUCCACAGUGACUGCAGCUCCCCCUCUCCUCUAGCUGCUGCUAGUGCACCUCAGCACGAUACUGACAAGUUGUCCAACGGCUUUGACAGCUACAGUCCGGCUCAUUCCCCCUACAUUCAUAGCAAUGGGGGGAGUUUGGGCUCAGGGUCAGGCACUGCCUUCUUCCCUCCUUCAUCCCCAUCCCACACCACCUCCUCCUGCCCCACUCGCUCAUGGUCUCGCCCUGCCUCUGCCUUGCUGCCAGACCACCCUCAAAACUGCACGCUGGGCUCCACCAUGGUGCCUUCAUCACGAGUCCCGAGCUGGAAGGACUGGGCUAAACCGGGCCCUUAUGACCAGCCUAUGGUCAACACACUGAGGAGGAAGAAGGACAAGGGGACUCCUACUAUAGUGGACAGUAAUGGUAGUUUGAGUAAUAAUAGCAGCUUGGCAUUGACAUCCACCUCAGCACCACCUCUGGCUGCACUACAGACAUCUGUAUCCAUGGAGGAGAAGAACCGAACUGUAGCUGCACAGUUCAAGGCUGGUGAACUUGAGGCCCAUGAGGAGCUGGCUCUGGCUUUAGCCCGAGGUCUGGAGCUGGACACCCAGAGGUCCAGCAGAGACUCCAUCCAGUGCUCCAGCGGCUAUAGCACUCAGACCAACACCCCCUGCUGCUCUGAAGACACCAUACCUUCACAAGUUUCAGACUAUGACUAUUUCUCAAUGGCUGGAGACCAGGAGCCUGAGCAGCACUCUGACUUUGACAAGUCCUCCACCAUCCCCAGGAACAGUGACAUCAGUCAGUCCUACCGCCUCAUGUUCCAGAGCAAACGACCCGCCUCCACCGCCGGCCUUCCCAGCACACACACUGCGUACCAUGGACAGGGGUCUUACCCACAGGGGCCCUACCCCCCCACACCUAUCCACACUGGGGCUUAUCCUGCUACACCUAUAGGCUCGAGUUCAGGUCAAGGAUUUUAUUCUGGAUCCAGCUCCCAUAAUGCCUCUGGCUCCUACUCUACGGACCGUGGUCCAGUUAUUGUCACCCCUGGUACGGCCACGAUCCGCCGCACCCCCUCUUCAAAACCCUCCUCCCGCCGCUCAGGCUCAGUUACGGGCACAGGCCCAAUCCCCAUUCGUACGCCCGUCAUCCCGGUACAAAUCCCUACGGUGCCCGACCUGCCCGGGGCAGUCAAUGGGGGCAGGGCCUCAGAGGAGAGGGGAGGGGGAAAAGGAGAGGUAAGCCCAGAUUCUCCAACAUUUGCGGGAGUGGAGGGCGCUGGCACGCUGCCUGUGAUGUCCUGGAGCGGUCAGGCUACCACCAACCCCCCCACUGCACCACUCGCCCAGCUGCUGCAGCAGCAGGGAGGAGGAGGAGGAGGAGGAGGAGGAGGAGAGGAGGAAGAGGAACAGUCAGAGGGCAACAUGCUGAUGGCCAUCCGCAAAGGGGUGAAGCUCAAGAGAACCCUCACUAGCGACCGCUCUGCACCACGCAUCGCAUGAUGACACAAGAAACACGAGCACAGUUAGGCUUUAGGAAAAACGUUGCUUAUAAAAAUGCAAUGUAAAGAAUCAAAAGGCUUCUUAUGCUACUAUGAGAAAUGUAUCACACCUGUUCUACAUGUAGCCUUUCUCAUUCUGUAAACCUUCCUCACUGCAGAAGCCAUCUAUAACGAUUAAACAUAGAAAUAAAUAUGCUAUUGUUCAGAUUCCCAUUUUCUGAUUUGGCUUAAGAUGCCUCAGAAAUUGUGCAAAGCAAGGUAUGUUAAAAUACUGGUUUAGACCUGAAAUGCAUCCCAUGCCCACUUGGUGAUGAAUCCUUGUUAAAGUUCAAUAACACCACAAGCCUUUACGGGUACAAGGUAAUAUCUAAUUUCUCACAUAGGGCCUGGAAUUAAGGUUGUCGCCCUAAGCACUAAAAUGUUCUUUUGCAAAACCCACAGCUUUGUGCUGACGACACAAGUACAGAGUAGCAUUACACCACAGUACGUUAAUAAAGAUAUAUUUUGUAUCCAGUAUUCUUCCUAAAGCUGAGGGCUUGACAAGGAAAAUGUGUCUGCCUCUCCUCGGUGUAAAAAGACACUGACUAUGUGUAAUCUCAUUGUUUAAGAGUGCGUUGUACCAUUGCGGGACAAAUAGGCAUUCUAACUGCCUAGUGACUUGGCAGAAGGAGCACAAUAAUCAAGCAAGUACUUCACAGCAUCAAGAGAGCAAUAACAGACGCACUAGAAAGCAGUGGUGGCUUUGAAAUGCACCAUUUGGCACCUCCUGAAUUGUAUUGACCGCUUACAUGGAGGGACGCCCUGAUGGCUGCAGGAAGGGGCUGUGUUAAAGCUGUCCACUCACAAAGGAUUCAAUAUGUGAGAUGUCCACAGAGCCAACAUAGGCAGGGGAAGAACCAAUACAGACAACCUCCAAAAGGAAAGGACCUGCGUUGUGUUGCAGACUGAAAAUCAUCUAAGUCAAAGGUUUAGGAGACGACAUCGUGACUAAAGCGUCACAUGGUUGAUUCCGUGACAUUAACAGACUCUAUAAGUGACGUCCUGUUUUAGUUGUUUUAGUAUUUACAUGAUUUGUAAAUAUUUGUGGACUUUUGUCAGUGCUUCUCACUCUCCGUAUUUCUUUCUGCUCCUCCACACUGCCACAAUCAACGCAUCUUAAAACCGGAUGCUCAUUGAACAUAUGACCAUCAAACCCUAUUACCUUAAGGAUAUGAUUUCAUUUUAUUUUUCACUUUUUUUAAAACUAUGAAAUCAUCCUUGAAUCUGCAGUAUCUACAUGCUGAGCUUUGUAGAAGUCCUCAGUGAUUUGUGUUUAUACAGUAUAUUAGCAGUUAUAUUAGCCCCUUCUUUUUGUAGCAUUUAUUAGCCAUAAUGCAACUCUACUAAAAAGUAUAAAUAUGCCAUGUCAAACUCAAAGUUAAAUAAGGAGGACAAAUAUUUGCUGAUGUUCUGAAAGUUAUGAGUAGAAAGCUGUUUUCAUGGUAAUGCCAUACUGGUUUUUAUUUGUCUGGUUGCUGUUAUAUCUAACUCUUUGUUGUUUUCUUUGGAAAGCAUGUAGCGUGCAUGCUUUAUUCCUUUUGCUAAUAAGGUUUUCAUUUUUCAUCCAAUUCUGGUUUUUUUAAUUUUUGCAGUAGCAUCACAGGUCCAGUACGUACAGAUUGUAUUACCCU